UACGUCUCCUGUGAGCAAAAGUCCGGUCCUCUACGAAACUCCCCGACCUCAAUCAACUGCCCACUCCGCGUCCACCGCCCAUCCACACACCACCCUCACGAUUCAGAUUAUAAUCUUGCACCUCAGCUGUCAAGAUGUGGCUUAUUGAUUGGUUCUACAACGUGCUUUCAAGCCUUGGUUUGCUCAACAAGCAUGCUAAACUCCUCUUUCUCGGCCUCGACAAUGCCGGCAAGACGACCCUGCUGCACAUGCUGAAGAACGAUCGUGUCGCCAUUCUCCAGCCUACCCUCCACCCUACUUCCGAGGAGCUGGCCAUCGGCAAUGUGCGCUUCACUACCUUCGACCUGGGUGGUCACCAGCAGGCCCGCCGUCUCUGGAAGGACUACUUCCCCGAAGUUAACGGCAUCGUAUUCCUCGUCGACGCCAAGGACCACGAGCGGUUCGCCGAGUCCAAGGCCGAGCUCGAUGCCCUCCUGUCGAUGGAGGAGCUUGCUAAGGUCCCCUUUGUCAUCCUCGGCAACAAGAUUGACCACCCCGACGCCAUUUCCGAGGAGGAGUUGCGUCACCAGCUCGGCAUGUACCAGACGACGGGCAAGGGCAAGGUGCCUCUGGAGGGCAUCCGGCCGAUUGAGGUCUUCAUGUGCUCGGUUGUUCUGAGACAAGGCUACGGCGAUGGUAUCCGGUGGCUCUCGCAGUACGUCUAAACACGUGCCGACGGCUCGGAUUAGAGCUUCCUGGCGUUGUUCAAGGCGGACGGAGCACACACGGACGACUGGCGAGAAUGGUACGAACGAGACGCGUCGGCACGGGAACGAUAUCAUGGUGCCACGUCGACGAAAGCUUCCUCUGGUCGAAGUGCUUGAGGGCGACAUGACGUCGGCAUUCGAAGCUGAGAUAACAUGGAGAGGACAAGAAAGAAAGUGCGUAAUGGACCGAAAUGCCGCUACUGGGCUCUGCGUUGAUCCACGGGAGGGGAGAAGGUCCUCAGCCUCAGGUUGGCCCCAAUGGCAAUUUGGUCGGCCAGCCAGUCGUGCAAUCAUGCAGGUAGCCAAAACAGUCAAGGCUGUUGUUACGCUUGUUAGGCUAGAGUACUUCACUGGGCUUGGGGAAUGGGAAUCUGGUUAUUCACGCGUUUCAAUUGUUAGCCUGCUGUUCUGUCUAGUUAGUGUUGCAUCGACAUCGACACACGACCAUGCCACAUGUGUGUCAACGACCAAAGGGAUCUAUCGAUCUCUCUAGCAUUACGGAACGUGACUGUUCGCGACGGGAUUGCCCACCCAAUUUGACGAUCCCUGCGGAGCCUCACAGACGUUCGUACGUGGUAGUACCAAGGUAUUCCUAGCGGGGUCGUGAUGGUGAUGUAACCGAGGCCACCGUGUUCAAAGCCGUCUAGGUUUCGAGGCGGGUACUCCGUCGGGUGCGUGAUGAUGUGUCGAGCUUAGGUGGAGUGUGGCUGGCCCUUUGGCCUGUUCCAUAAGCCACACACAGCCCCAGACUCAUCGCCAGGAUGGCUGACGUCUCGAUGAUGAGACAAUCGAAAAUCCAAAAAAAUGUGAACCAUGCCCGCCGCCCGCGACCAUGUCAAGAAGUAACCCCCCUCAUCUCUCUCUCCUCGCUCAGCCUCGUUGAUCACUGGGAGACAGGGCCCACUGCGCUCUGCCCAUCUUUAUCUUUAUCUGCGUCUAUGUGGUAUUUUUGUCGGGGUUUAGGGGUACGCCUGCCGCCCCUGCCCGCACAGUGAACUGGGGCGGAGCCUUGUUCUACCUCGAGAUCCCGAUACCCCGAUCU